AGUGCUGAACAGUGCCACCUGCCAGUGCCCAUCAGUGCUACCCAUCAGUGCCAAUCAGUGCCACCUAUCAGUGCUGCCAGUCAGUGCCCGCCUAACAGUGCCAUAUAUCAGUGCUGCUGCCUUUCAGUGCCCAUCAGUGAUGCCUGUCAAUGCCACCUACCAGUGCCUUCUCAUCAGUGCCACCUGCCACCUAUCAGUGUCCAUCAGUGCAUCUUAUCAGUGGCCAUCACUACAGCCUCAUUAGCGCACAUCAGUGAAGGAGAAAAUCACUUAUUUACAAAAUUUUAU